UACCAUGGCAUCCAAACAGCUACUUCCGGAGCAGUGGGCCAAUCAGAGUCGUGUGCCAAAACCGGAAAAUGCACACUUGAAAACGAAGUGGGCUCCAAAACGCAAGUGAGGAAGAGCAGGUAGACAGAGCCUAGAAGGGGUUGCCCUUCGAACACACCAAGCCAGGCCAAAGGUGUUAAGCUUCAGUCUCCCCCGUCUCUUCGCUCUGGGCUCAUUCUCCACCACCCCUCUCUCCCCAGUUCGGUCUCAGGUGGUGUUACUAGGCGUUCUUCAGUCAGUCUAUUGGAACAAGGCCAAGCUCACCUAUCCACACCCACUCAAAAACAAUCAUCAGGCCCAGCACCCCAAACCCCAGGAGUCUCAGCGCCCUCUUCACCACUCUGCAUAUCUAUCACCUGCACUGAUCAUCAUCCAGAAUCCCUGACAGCACAGACGAAGCAGAUCUUCAUCACAACAGCGGCUUUUGAAGACAUUGGAACAUCUUGGGAAACCCUGCAAUCUUAAAGCGAGAUACCAGGACUAGUUCCUCUGCGGAUCUGCAGUGUUUGAGUGAGUGUGUGCGUGUCCCUGCUAGAUAGGGCCCCCACCGCAUUGUGUGUGCGUGCGUGAGGAGGCUAAUGCCCGCGGUAGUGUGGUCAGGGCCAGAGGAGGAUGAGUCCGGCUGUGGAGGCUCAGGCCCAGGAGGCCAUGAAUGCAGAGCAAAAGCAAAAGCAGCAGCAGAACCACCUGCAGCACCAGCUGCAGCACCAGCAGUGCUACAUGGAGAAAGGGGUGAUGCUUGAGCCCUUCGUGCACCAGGUUGGGGGACAUUCCUGCGUCCUGCGCUUCGGGGAGCAGACCAUCUGCAAGCCCCUCAUCCCCCGCGAGCAUCAGUUCUACAAGAGUCUGCCUGCUGCAAUGAGGAAGUUUACCCCCCAGUACAGAGGUGUGGUGUCGGUGAGCUUCGAAGAGGAUGAAGAAGGGAAUCUCUGCCUCAUCGCCUACCCCCUCCACAGCGACCCAUCAGCAGAUCUGGAGAACAAGGACCCCUCGGCCGACUGCGAGCCCAAGAGCAAGAUGCUCAAGUGGGGCAAAAUGGUGGCAUCCUCGCUGCUCGUGGACAGCGAAAAUUACAGCAAAGAUGGCCGUAGUCGCCACUCUCGCAAAGACAAGGACAAGAGUGUUCACAUGCUGCAGGAGGAUGUGGAGUUGGAGUGGCUGCAGCAGGCUGAGGUGCUCUACUACAGACUGGAGCGCAGUCACACUAACGCUGUCCCGCAGCUCAAACACAACCCAUGGAGUCUCAAGUGUCACCAGCAGCACCUGCAGAGGAUGAAGGAGAAUGCCAAACACCGCAACCAGUACAAAUUCAUCUUGCUAGAGAACCUGACGUGGCGGCACACAGUGCCAUGUGUGUUGGACCUGAAGAUGGGCACAAGGCAGCAUGGAGAUGAUGCCUCAGAGGAAAAGAAGGCAGUGCAGAUCCGCAAAUGCCAGCAGAGCACGUCAGCUUCGAUAGGAGUCCGCCUCUGUGGCAUGCAGGUGUACCAGUCUGACACAGGCCAGCUGAUGUUCAUGAACAAGUACCACGGCCGCAAGCUGACCCUGCCAGGCUUCAAGGAGGCUUUGUUCCAGUUCUUCCACAGCGGACGGCGUCUACGACGUGAGCUCCUCUCCCCGGUGCUGCGCAGGCUCAGAGACAUGCAAGCCGCCCUGGAAGCCUGCGAAUCCUACCGCUUCUACUCCAGUUCCCUGCUCAUCAUCUAUGACGGCGCGCACCACCGUAAACACACACGCCGACGCACCGAGGACGGACUCUCUGAGGAAGAAGAGGAUGAGGAGGAGGACGAGGAGGACGAGGAGGAUGAGGAUGAUGAUGAGGAGGUGGAGGCUGAACCGGAAACGGACGAGGAGGAGGAGGAGGAAGAGGAAGUGGGUGAAGUAGCAGGUGCACUUGGCUUCCCUCACAGCCCCUCCAUGUCUAGCGACGCCAGCAGCAGUUGCUCCGGCAGCAGCGGCAGCAGCAGCAGCAGCAGCGGCAGCAGCAGCAGUAGUAGCAGUAGCAGCAGCAGUGGCGGGAGCUCAGGUGUCAGCCAGGCUCACCUGACCCGCUCAGACUCCCGCAGCCCUGUGGUGGAUGUGAGGAUGAUAGACUUUGCUCACACCACCUGCAGACAUUACCGGGAGGACAGCGUGGUGCACGAGGGCCAGGACAGUGGCUACAUUUUUGGUCUCCAGAACCUGAUCACCAUCAUCUCCGAGCUGGAAAACCACAGCACAGACUGAAGACUGACGUGACACACACGUACACAUUCAGACACAGAGGCACAAUAAGGAGGAAAAGAGAAGGACUGGACUACAGAAGAGGAGAGAGAUUUCUCCUCUCCUUGCUGUAGCUGGCCUUUCAUUGGACCCCCUUUCCUGUUUCUGCCGUUGGUGCUUCUUGAUGUUCCUGCUGUGUGUGUGUGUGUGUGUGUCUAUCUUCGAAAUAUGAAACAGACCUGCGAGUAACAUAGAAGAGCCAUCUGUGUGACUGCAGAUUUACCCAUUGUCAUCAUUCUGUUUUAACCUCACCUCACUGUUAGGAAAAAGGGUUGGCGGCAAAUAAAAGCAGUGUGAAGUCUGAGAUGUUAGAAUAGUUUUUUCCAUGUGUCCGAUUCCAAAGAAAGCGUCAGCGUUUUGCACACACAAACAUGCACUUAAAACACAUUCUGCUGAACGAGUGUGUGUUUAGACUGAGACAGGGCUAUCAGAGAGAGCAGGAGUUGUAUGUGUACGAGGACAGAGACGAUGGGAAGAAAGGUAGUGAGCUCACACCCUCCAUUCUUCUCUUUUGCCUGUUCAUUCUGCCAUCCUUCUUUCCCUGUUCGUUUUCAUUCAAAGAGAAUAUAUUCAUAUAGGUAUCAGAGACAGAUGAUAUAGAGUUAUUUAUUUAUUUGACAUGUUUCAUAAAUAAACUAAAAGUUGAAAAAAGAAUGUGAAUGGAGAGUACUACAUUCCAUGUUAUUAAUGUUACAAUAAUGAUAUUAAUUAAUAUUGUUAUUCGACAUGUUUGGAUACCUCUACCUUGUGUAUCUGUGUUGUCCACAGUUUGUUGGAGGAGAAAAUUAAAAGACUGAUUUGGGCUAA